CUUUCUUUAAAAAUUAGCCUCCCGUCUUCCUUUUCUUCUCCUCAACUAAACCUAAACCCUCUCUCUCUCUCUCUCUCUCUCUCUCUCUCUAGCUUCCUCCAUUGCCAACCAUUCUCAAGCUCUAACCAAUUCUCAUUUUCGCCUCUCUGGCUCAAUUUUCCUUGCUGAAAUCCAAAGAUUGUUUAAGCUUUGACGGUGUUUGUGCUUGUGCUUGUGCUUGUGUGUUGCUGGAUUGAUUUCUUGAGAUGGAUGCGAUUGCUUCGAACUUAGAAGAGUCGAGAAGUUCUGAUUUCACGGAGCAGCGGCCGAGUAAACGCCGAAAAAUCGAAUCGGAGAAUCAAGCGGCGGAGAUUUGCAGCGCCAGAUCUACGGAUUUAAAAAGACGGUGGAGAACAGAGUCGGAGCAACAGAUUUACUCUUCGAAACUAGUCGAGGCGCUUCACCGCGUAACUCGGAGAACCGCAUCGCCGCCAGCGAAAUCUUCAAUCAACGGCCGAAAAGUCCGCGAGACGGCGGACACAGUCCUUGCCGUUGCCGCCAAAGGCAAGACUCGCUGGAGCAGAGCCAUCCUGACGAAUCGGCUCGAGCUCAAACUCAAGAAUCACAAGAAGGCGAAGCCGGCUGGAAACUGUUUCCGGCCGAAGAAAUUGAAAAUUAGGUACGAGACGAGAAAAUUGCCGACGGUACAGAGGAAAGUUCAAACUCUCGGGCGCCUGGUUCCCGGCUGCCGUAAAAUCUCAUUCCCGAACCUCCUUGACGAAGCUACGGAUUAUAUCGCCGCUCUACAGAUGCAGGUCCGCGCCAUGACAGCCGUCGCCGAGCUUCUCGCCGGCACUCCGGCUGAUCAACAACAAAGCUUCAGAACAAAUUCGUAGAAGCCACUUCCAAGGCUUGUAAUGCCAGGUGUUUCCGUUUAAUCUUUUUUUUUUUUUCUUCUUUU